UGUUUUCACUGUGAAACUGGACUUCAGACGGUUAAAUAAAACUCAGCUGUCGGCCAACCUGCAGUUGAAAAGCUGGAUUCACGCAGAUUCACAGCAGCUCUGUUUUAGAGCUGAGCACCGAGACCAGUUUAACACCAGGAUAAACCAGCGGACGAGACCACAAACCUGAAGACUCCAGCUCAGAGUUCAGGAUGGACAGAAAACAGUGUUGUUUGAAGCUGUCGGUCCACCCGUCCAGAGGACUCAUGGAUGAAAAGUUUGUUGUCCUGGUCCAGAACGUCUGUCCUGGUUCACAGCUGACCGUCCGCGCCCUCCACAAGUGUGAAGACGGGCACAGUUGGGACGCGUUCGGUCACUACAUCGCCGACGCCACUGGGACCGUAAAUGUUUCAGAGGAUCCCAGUCUGGGUGGGACUUAUUCUGGGGUUGAACCCAUGGGUCUACUGUGGAGCCUCAGACCAGUUCCAGGCAGCAAACCUGGGCUCAGGAUGAGGAAGAUGAACAUCCAGACUCCCAUGGAGGUCACAAUCUUGGUGUACCAGGGCCACAGGCUAGAGGGCUUCGAGGACGAGGUGCCGCUGGCUGGUGUGGCUGUUGAGCGCUGGUACAUGGCGCCUGGCGUCCGCAGGAUCCCGGUAACAGAAGACGGACUCACUGCGACCCUCUUUCUGCCCUCAGGACCAGGACCUUUCCCCGGCCUCCUGGACCUGUGGGGGGGUGGAGGAAAGUUGGUGGAGUACCGUGCAGCGCUGCUGGCCUCUAAUGGCAUCGCCUCUCUGGCCCUCGACUACCUGACACCUAAGGUCACCAUAGAAACCCAGAAGAUGGUGGACAACGAAUACUUUGAG